AUAAAAAUUGAAGGGAAGAAAAGGAAAAUCAACGGCGGCAAACGAAGGAAGAUACGCCCAGAUACGAGAGAGCUCCGAGUCUAUUUCAUUGAUAUUUACACUUGAGAGUCUUCUUUUGUACUUGUUUGGUUUGUGAGAAAAUUUAAAAUAGUAAGUUCAAGAAGAAGAGGAAAACAAAAAGAACGGAGCAAAUUUUAAUCUUAGCUUCUUGGAUUCGAACCAGCGAUGAGAGCCAUGCUUCUAACUUCACCGUCAUACUGCAGACCCCAACAAGCCCUUCAGCAACAACCUUCUACGAGUUGGAGUUUAUUUUUAGGAGGCUCCCAUGUAUCGUUCAGUAGAGGGCAUAAUCUGGCGCGGCCUUGCUCACGGGUUCGAUUGCGUUCAGCUUCACGCAGCCUAGUGGUUAAGGCAGUUGCUACUCCAAAUUCAGCAGUCGAGUUGUCACUGACUGCGGAGAACGUUGAAAGUGUAUUGGAUGAAAUCCGACCAUAUCUGAUUUCUGAUGGGGGAAAUGUUGCAUUACAUGAAAUUGAAGGAAAUGUAGUGCGCUUGAAGCUACAGGGAGCAUGUGGCUCCUGUCCAAGCUCUGUUAUGACAAUGAAAAUGGGUAUUGAGCGUCGUUUAAUGGAAAAAAUCCCUGAAAUAGUUGCAGUGGAACCAAUAGCAGAUGGAGAAACAGGGCUUGAACUGAAUGAAGACAAUAUAGAGAAGGUACUGGAAGAAAUUAGACCCUACUUAGUAGGGGCAGCAGGUGGAUCUCUUGAACUUGUAACAAUCAAGGAGCCUAUAGUGAAAGUCCGUAUCACAGGUCCAGCAGCCGGGGUAAUGACUGUAAGGGUUGCUGUCACACAGAAAUUGAGAGAGAAAAUCCCAUCAAUUGCAGCAGUUCAACUACUGUAACAUUUUUGAGCUGAAACAAAGAGGAACACAAUAUGAUAUCGUUACAUUCUUCUGCAGAUACGAGUUGAUGUACUCUGCAAAUUUCUACAAAUAGCCUGAUCAUGUACAGUUAAUAAGUGAUAAAUAGUGGAGCACUACUUAAAGGAAAUAUAAGAGUGAAUUUCGUUGA